CGGCAAUGAUUAUGACGUUUUUCCGAUGCGAGGAUAUAUGUAUUAAUAUUUUGGAUUGUUUUUAUUAUUAUUUAUAUUAGAUUUUUAUAAAUAUAUUUAUAAAUAUCCAAGUAUAACAACACGGUGGUCAACAUUAGCCAAACAAUACCGAUUUUUAGUUCUGUCAUUAGCUCAACUUAGUGUGCUGCUUUGUAUCCUGUAUGAAUUUUUUGAUUAAUUUAAUUGUGCUAUAUAAUAUAUAUAUAUAUGGCAUAAUAUAAUUUUUAAAAAUGAGUAAAAUAUUUGUACAAAGGUUAAAUGCAGUUGAGGCUAAAACUGAAUGGGUUUUAGAAGAUGAUUAUGAUCUUCAAGAGGAGAUAGCUCGGUCUACAUAUGCUGGUAUGUUACAUGAUGUUGAGCGAAAUAAAAAGUACUUUAAAGCAUUACAUAAAACAAUAGGUAAUCUAAAAAAAACAACAGGAAGUUUAAUCAGGGUGUUGGACAUUGGUACAGGGACUGGAAUUUUAUCCAUGAUGGCUACUUCAGCAGGUGCUGAUCAUGUAACUGCUUGUGAGGUGUUUGAGCCAAUGAGUAGAGCAGCUGAAAAAAUCAUUAAAAAAAAUUUAUUUCAAGAUAAAAUUAAUAUAAUAAAUAAGUCUUCAACAAAUUUGAUUAUUCCUUUAGACAUGAGUGAAAAGGUUAAUGUGCUGGUUACAGAAAUAUUUGACACUGAGCUUAUUGGAGAAGGAGUUUUGCCUACUCUUCGUGAUGCACAUGAACGUCUUUUAGUUAAAAACUGUAAAGUCAUUCCGUCAUCAGCUUCUGUAAUUGUUCAAUUAAUUGAGAGCUAUAAACUCUCUUGCAUGAAUAAGCUAGAUCAAAAUAAAAUAAAGUUUUUUAAGGUUCCAGAAGCUUUUGAAGAUUGUCCUGGAACUGCUUCAGCACACGAAGUUCAAAUUAAUCAGUUAUACCCAAAUCAUCUAAAAUUGUUAUCUGAAGCACAAGAAAUGAAAAAAUUUGAUUUUCAAACACCAUAUCAUCAUGAUUUUAUAAAUAAAGAAAGUAAGUAUUCAAAAUCUGAAUCAAUAAUAAAUAUUACACAGAGUGGAACUAUUGAUGCUGUUUUGACAUGGUGGGAUUUGUAUCUUGAUGAAUCUUCAAAAAUUAAACUUAGUAUGGAACCAAUAUGGAUGAGGAAAGAGUUAUACCAUUGGAGGGAUCAUUGGAUGCAAGCAGUUUAUUAUCUACCUAAAGCUCUAAGGGUUAACAAAGGAGAUAAGUUGUUUGUCAGUAUGUACCAUGAUGACUAUAGUGUUUGGUUUGAUGUUCAAAUAAACAAAAAUUUAUUAUUUGUUGAUCGUCCUUUAUGUUUUUGUGGUUUACAUGUAUCUUGGUCUCGUGAGCGAUUUGCUAUGAACAAUAGUGAUGAUAUGUCAAAUUACUUUACUUCAUUAAUUGAUUAUCUAAAAAAGAAAAAGGAAUUACAUCUAACAGUUGUUGGAGAUACAUCUUUUCUUCCCCUCAGGUUAUAUUCUGAAAAUGUUUUUGAAAUAAAGUAUGUUGAGUACUCAGAACUAACUCGUCAAUCAAUAAAGCAAAUCAUUGGUACAUCUAAUAUUGAAUUUAUGACGAAAAAAAAGCUAAAAAAUGUACUAGAAGCUAGUUGUAUUGUUGCAGAGCCAUAUUUUUCUACUAGCCUUUUACCUUGGCAUCAUUUGCAAAUUUGGCAUAUAAAGAAUUGUUUUUUAAAUGCUCAAACAAAUGUAAUAUUACCUCAAAAAGCUGUCCUAAAGGUGUGUCUGGUAAUGCUAGAAGAUCUGUGGAAAGUUCGUUCACCAGUAGUUAGUGUAGAAUCAUUUGAUCUAACAAUUUUUGAUGAACUAAUAAGUGAUGCUUUACAACCAAAAUUAAUCGAUGGAUAUGGGUAUUUUAGUUUUGCUGAACCUUUUUCAAUGUGGGAGUUCAAAAAUGUUAUUGUUAGUGAUAUUGUGACAUUGUAUGAAUUCAAUUUUCAAUAUGAUACACCGAAAGAACUUUUUCAUAUUAAACAUGAAGUUUUUCUUAAAAAAUCAUCAUGUGUUCAUGCUGCUGUAAUUUGGUUAGACUUCGAAACUGAAAAUAUGCAAUGGUCAACAGGUUUAAACCAGUCUUCAGAGUGGGUAAAUUAUAGUAAACAAGGUGUUUAUUUUUUCAAAAGUCAAUUUUCAGCUGAAGAAGGAACUAAAUUUAUGUGCUCAGCAGUACUAAUUCCAAAAGACUGUGAAAUUAUGUUUAAUUUUUAUAGGAACAUUUAAUUUUUUUUAAUUGUUUGUAUUAAAAAUUAUUUGUCGAAAGAAUAAUAAUAAAACUUUA